AUGGACCAGCACUGGAAGUCGUUUACCUCAAACGUUGGGCCGCUCGGCCAGCGCAUCACGCGGGGCUUCGGCAACCUCAACCAGCAGGCUCGCGAGCGGUUUGGUGCCGUUGACGUCGACGACAUCACCGAGCUGCCCGACGAGUACCGCAAGCUCGAGGAUCGCGUCGAUGCGCUCAAGGCGGCCCACACCAACCUGGGAAAGAUCGCGCGCGCCUAUGAAAACGAAGGCUACGACUACCCUACACAGGUGCAGGAGUCCAUCACCCAGAUCUCGGCUCAGGUUGGGCACAGCGUGACGACGUGGGCCUCGCAAGCUGCCAAGCAGGCCAACGUCAAUGUCAAUGUGCCUCAGACGUCUGCGCCGCCUACGGCCCACAAGACGCUGGCCCACGCACUGUCGCGGGGUGCUGCCUCUGGCGCACUCGAGCUGGGUGCGAGUCCCACGAGUCUCGCCGGUCUCAGCAGCCCCACGAGCCCCAACUCUUCGAGGACGGCGGUGGCGCAAGAGGAGACGAAGCUCGGCGAGGCGCUCCAGAAGUUUGCCCUGGCCCAGGACCGCGUGGGCAACCUGCGCCUGACGCAGGACGACGCGAUUCACGGCGGCUUCCUCCAGCCUUGGAGCGCAUUCGGGAGCCAGAUUCAGCUUGCUGUCAAGGCUCGCACCUCGGUCAGGGAGGCCAGGCUGCACCUCGACUCGUGGCGUCAGGCCAUGAAGGCGGCUGAGGCGAGCGGAAAGCGAGAAAAGGUCGAGUCGAUGAGGCAGGAUGUCGAAGGCGCAGAGGACAAGCUUGUCAGCGCCACGGAAGAGGCCAUCACCGUCAUGAAACGUGUUCUGGAAGACCCUCAGCCGCUCAAGAGCCUGGCGGCUUUCGUAAAGGCACAAGCCGAGUUCCACCAGGCCGCCAACGAGGUCUUGGCAGAGGCCGCCCAGGUCCUCUCUUCGGCUGCCAUGUCUGCCGAAUCCGACUACAUGUCAAGCCGUUAA